CCUCUAUGCAGGCAGAUGGAGGUGGACAGAAGGAGGGUGGAGAGACAGUGUCCAGUGGUCAAACGAGCAUCUAUGUCCCGAAUGUCCUUAUUAGUCCACGUGGGACUGCAGACCUGCAGCAUGGUCCCUCAGCUAUCAGGUUUACUUAAUUCCAAGACUCCUGGGUCUAUUUCUGAUCUCCAGCUGUGGCUAAAGUUAGACUGGCCUGUGGAGGGGUAUAUAAGCCCCCGGGGAUAUACGUAUAACGCGGCUUCACACUGUCUUCUCCUUCUUGAUCAUCCAAACCUCCACUCAUACCGUCUCAAGAUGGCACCAAAGAAGGCCAAGAGGAGGCAGGCAGCAGGAGACAGUGGCUCCUCCAACGUGUUCUCCAUGUUUGAGCAGAGCCAGAUUCAGGAGUACAAAGAGGCUUUCACAAUCAUUGACCAGAACAGAGAUGGUAUCAUCAGCAAAGAUGACCUUAGGGACGUGCUGGCUUCAAUGGGCCAACUGAACACAAAGAACGAGGAGCUGGAGGCCAUGAUCAAGGAGGCCAGCGGCCCCAUCAACUUCACCGUCUUCCUCACCAUGUUUGGAGAGAAGCUGAAGGGUGCUGACCCCGAGGACGUUAUUCUUAGCGCUUUCAAGGUCCUGGACCCCGAGGGUACUGGAACUAUCAAGAAGCAAUUCCUCGAGGAGCUCCUGACCACUCAGUGCGACAGGUUCUCCAAGGAGGAGAUUAAGAACAUGUGGGCCGCCUUCCCCCCAGAUGUUGCCGGCAACGUAGACUACAAGAACAUCUGCUAUGUCAUCACACACGGAGAGGAGAAGGAGGAGUAAAGAGAAAGCUAGAAGACAAGAAAGACAGCAAUCCCUUUGCUAUUCUGCCUUCCCUGCCCUUUUCUUUCCUCCUCUUCCUCCCCGCUCACUUUUUGUGUAAACCCAUGUGCUCAGCCGAUCACGUUCAAACCAAAGACUUGUUACACUGACACCUGAGGAUGCCCAUGGGAUGUCUAUGUUUGCUUAUGGGGAAUAGGGGUGAUUUUCAAUAAAAAUUAUCCUAUAACAUAAUUUUCAUCCACAAGCUUUUCUCAAAAACCUUUUCUUUCCUUGCAACCAUCUUCUGUCUUCUCACCUCUAUAUCUCUGUCUGCCCUGUCACUUCAGCUUCUGAGGUAUUUGUGUGAAUGAAAUGUGUCCCUCUGCUUCCCUCAGUAUCUGAGGAGAAGACAGAUUUACUAUUGGGGGGGGGCACACACAAAAUGUGAGGACCUCAUUCCAAAUUUUGAAGAUGUCCUCUUGGGUGGAAGAGGUGAGAGACGGGAGGGCAUUUGCAGGUUAGAGAGGAAAAAGUUGCCUCCUUAAAGUGAUGACAACUUUUUUCCUUGAAAAGUGAAAAAAAAAAUGACUGAAGGAGAGGAGAGAAAGGGCCGAAAGAAAACAUUCAAGUCUUCGAUUUCUUUCCCUCCACUCCUUCCUGCACCCAUUAAAUCAUCUUUUUUUUCCAUAAGCUGUGUGUUCAGUGACUGGACUCUUCCUCACUUUUCCUCUGUAAUGAAUAAAAGGGACAAACUGUGAAUAAAAUCUCUUUCCUUUUGUA